UGUUGUGCGGCAAAAGACGCAAACUGGUAGAUGUAAACAAUCGAUAAUGACAACAAAAGACAAGAAUAUUAAAUCGCCCGAGGGAGAUCAGACGAAAUUGUUGUAUAGAGAUUUACACAAUUAUGAAGGCAAGAUACUUGGAGAAGUUUUACAAAACAGGAAGUGCGCCGAAGUAUUCAUUCAAGGACUUGUUCAAGGACGUAACGAAUACAAACGAAUCUGGACAAAGGACGACAGAAAAGAAAAAGACGAAAUCCAUGGUGCUCGGAAUCGUCCUUGUUACACGGGCUCUAGGUUGCCUCCCAACAGAGUACCAAAGUGGAGAUAGGUGCUGCGAUACAUGUGAGCCAGGAGCCUUCGCCAAAAGUCACUGCACGGCCACCAGGGGCACCUCCUGUAGUCCCUGUGUCGAAGGAACGUUCACGAAUGAUUAUAAUGGAGAGAAGGAAUGCUUUGCAUGUACACUGUGUAGUACAGACUUGGGUCUAAAGACUCUGACCCCAUGCACAGUGGUGCAGGAUACAACAUGUGAACCUCUGGACGGAUUCUUCUGUAUAAACAGGACAGAGAACCACUGUACAGCAGCACAGAACCACACGAGGUGUCAACCAGGACAGUACAUCAGAAAUAAUGGAACAGCAGCCGCAGACACUGAGUGUUCUGACUGCCCUUCUGGGACAUUUUCUAAUGGUACAUUUACUGUCUGUCAGCCACACACACGGUGUGAACACAGAAAGCUUUCCACCGCAACAGAAGGAACUACUUCAACUGAUGCUCAAUGUGGGGAAAACAAUGUCCUGGCAAUCGUGGGCCUUUUAAUAGGAUGUUCAAUACUGUUUAUUUUUAUAGGAGGAAAUAUAGUUGAUACAAGGAAAAAAAGAAGAUGGCUUACAUAUAGAUAAUGAUCAACUGUUUUUCAUUGGUUUGUUACAGAAAAUGAAUUCAUUGAUCCCGCAAGCUGUAUUCAGAUAAAUGGAACCAGGAACAUAGUUACUGCACAUAAAACUGGCAGUGACAGUGUUUCAGUGUUUGGACAAACCACUAGGGCUGUUAGGAAAGAUCAUGUGGAGUUGAUAGCCCCUUGUAAAUUGGAUUACUUCUUGAGUUGUGUUUCCUGAUGUCUUAUCCUUGACAACCAGACGUUUGAGGAUCUUUUCUUGACUUUGAGAAUCUUCAUGGAAGUUUGUUUAAAUGCAACAACAUAAGGGCCAAAACAUGAAAUGAGUCCACCAGCUGCCAAGUUACCACUGAGGUGCUGUUCACUUUGCUGAUGGGUUAAAAGCUUAUUGGUCACAUUUUGUUGUGUGCACAAUGACCUUCACUUAAGUAUUAUCAGUCUCUUUAAGCUUUCUUUUUUUUCUCAAUACAAUGGCAAUAUGUGCAAUUAUUUAAUAGUUUAUUUAUAACGGCAAAACGGCUUUAAAAACAUCUCAUGGAAUGUAUGUAAAUAUUACGUGUUUCUUUCUAUCUGUACUGUACCUUGCCACUGUGAAACUACUCAGCACAACACAGGCUGUACUUCCUGUGCCUGAAACAUUUUAAACUGACAAAGACAAUGAUGGCGAACUUCUACACCUCCAUCAUCAUCUAUCGUCCACUUUUUUUAUCUAUGGUACUACUGCUCUGUUUACAUCCUACGGCAGUGGUUCUCAAACUGUGGUACGCAUACCACCAGUGGUACGCGCGCACCCCUCGAGUGGUACGCAGGGAAAAUUCACAUUUUCACAAUAACAUUUUCAACUGAAUAAAUCUGAAACAUACCAUGGACAAUUAAUACAACAUUUAAUCAUAAACAUCUUUGUAAACAUUCCUCAGGUGGUACAGAGUAGAAAAGGUUUGAGAACCACUGCCCUACUGUUACUGUAUUUGCCUGUUGCACUGUAUACCAAAACAAAUUCCUCUUUUGUGAAAAUAAAAAUGUCUCUGAUUCUGAUUAUA